UGCAAACACAUGUGGCCUCUGCUACGAGCGACGAGUAGGCCGGCGAUGGAGCAGUGAAAGCGAGCGUGCGGAGCCUACAGGGCUAACAUCAUGGCGUGAGGCAGGGGCGUGCAUAAGAUGAAAGACAGGGGGAAGAGAGGAAUUUAUUUUCUUUCUUUCUUGCACGGGGAAGAAGACGACCCUCGCGCUGAUCGUACGGCAUACAACAAACGAAUCGUGCGGCUGGCAGGGUCACUGAUCUCGAUUUGGGCCGGCUAUCGCCACCCAGGGAUCAUUUAUACUACUCAGAACACCGAAGGUAACGUGCGUUCCCGUUGCAGUGGAAAUUCGCGGCGACGCACAGGCUUGCGCAAUGAGGCUGCUCACAAGGUGUUCGACGAAAUGCCGCGCUAAGCUUAAGCCCGUGCUACGCACGGAUGCCGUACUCCGCGCGCUCUCGAUGGGCGGGGCUAGCAUGGGCGGGGCUAGCAUGGGCGUCGGUACCAGAGGGAUCCACUUCGUGCCCGGUCCGGCCUCCGAGGAGGAGCAAGAGCGCGUCCCGCCGUCCCGGGGCUGGUACCCGGCCGCCUACGCCAGGCUCCUCCGUCUCGCGGGGUCGCUCCAAGGCGUCGACCUCGUAGAUGGCGACCUGCGGGACGCCGCGACGGGAUCCCUUGUCACCGAUGUGCACGCCCUCGCCCGGGUGGAGCACUUCGACGCCCUCGCGGGUGAGUUCGGCGCGACCCGGCGCGGGCCGCCGCUCAAGACGACGGCGCUGAGCUCGCUCACGAAGGUGUGCGACGUUCUCGGCGUGUCGGCGCAGCGGAGGAAGAACGUGCGGCUGACGGUCUGCCCGCAGGUGACGCAGCACCACGUCUGGCGCGGCGCGCUGGAGGAGGUGCUCAGGGACCUUCGAGCAGACAUGGGCGCGCUGGGACCCCCGUCUCCGGCGAUUCGGAUGGCGGAACAGAUCGCAUCGGCCUGCGCCAGCUUCCUGUCGGAGACCGCGGACGCGGCGACGUCCUCCUCGCCGUCCUGGAUGCGCCCAACGCCGUACAGGAGGCCGUCCCCUGCGCCGCCACCGGCAAAGGCAUGGCAAGAAGUACUGGACAUGUUCACGGACCUGGGGAAGAGCCUGGCAACCGACGAGCGGCUAGCCCGGCACGCGCAGAAGGUGGAGGCCAUGAAGGAGGGGCUGUACCAGAUACGCGACAUCAUUGUCGAGAGGGACAUCGCCUUCAAGGAGGCGCGCCACCAGGACUGCCUGGUGCAGAGGAAUCUGUCCAAGAACCUGGGGCACUCGUCCCGGGGCCUCUACACGCUGCUGCUCUUCUACCUCUACGGCACUGUCCGGGACAUCGAGGUGCAUAUCGGCAAGUGCCUGACCGGCAAGGAAGGCAAGAAUGUCACCAUACACGCCGUGAAAUUCCUCGUCGACGGCGAUGAACUCGCGGUCCAGAGCGGCAUCAAGCAGCUGAGCCGCGCGCUCCGUGUCUUCAGCUUUGUCUGGGAAGCAGCAAAUACUGACACUGGGACUGUCAACGAUAUCGUCGUCAAGAAAGGUGAGGGUGCCAAGGGAGUAUUGAAGCUGCAAGGGCAUCUGUGGGGCCUUGGUGUUGAGGAGAAGACGGUGACAUACAGAGGGGAUGUUUUCAAAGUGCAUCAGAUAAAGCUGCCCUGAUUUUCUCCAAAUUCGCAACACCUUAUCUGUAAAUCACCGAGCUUCUGAAGAUUAGUAGAAACCUGUAUUCAUUCAAAAUUGAUCAUACACAACAGAUACAGGUACAGCCUGAAAUGCCAUUCUCUCUUUUUCUGAACAAAAAUGCUAUUGUUUUUCACUACAUCUCAAUUUCUGAAUUUGUACAAAGGACGAGGCAACUGUAUCCUGAGGGGAGAUACAUACAGAAAGGGCUAAACAGAAAGCAAAAAAGACACCUUUGUCCUCC